CAAUGGUUGUACAGCCAGCAUCUUGCAACACAAUGGUUGCAAUACGGUGAACGGGGAGUGAUUCAGCAUUUGCAAUCUCGAUUUCUAGGGUAUUCUUCAUCCAUCGCUGGGUUUUCCUUUCUUUCUAGUUAUCUCCAUCUCCACGUGUAUUAUUCUGUGCGUGUAAAAGUCGUUAAAUGUCCCCCGUCGGAAUGUUUUGAACAGAACUGUCACCGGACUAGGAUCGUCGUCAGCUGGCACGGAAUGGUAUUUAUGAGGAGUGAUUUCUUCUAUUACUGCAGUGAACCUGUCCUGGAUGUGAAAAUAGCCUUUUGUCAGGUGUGUGUUCCUUACAGGUAAACUAAGGGUUUUGGUAAACAAGUGGAUGUGUCAUAUAUCGUCAAACACUACAACAUGUCUAAAAGCAAAGUGGACAACCAGUUCUACAGCGUGGAAGUAGGAGAUUCCACCUUCACAGUUCUCAAACGCUACCAGAACCUAAAACCCAUCGGUUCUGGAGCUCAGGGAAUCGUUUGUGCCGGGUCCGAUUCGGUCCUCGACAGGAACGUGGCCAUCAAGAAGCUCAGCAGACCCUUUCAGAACCAGACCCAUGCCAAGAGGGCAUACAGGGAACUGGUGCUCAUGAAAUGUGUCAAUCACAAAAACAUCAUCAGUUUAUUAAAUGUUUUCACACCACAGAAAUCAUUAGAAGACUUCCAGGAUGUGUACCUGUGCAUGGAGCUGAUGGAUGCCAACCUGUGCCAGGUGAUCCAGAUGGAGCUGGACCAUGAGAGAAUGUCUUACCUGCUCUACCAGAUGCUGUGUGGAAUCAAACACCUGCACUCCGCGGGCAUCAUUCACAGGGACCUGAAACCUAGCAAUAUAGUGGUGAAAUCUGAUUGUACUCUGAAGAUCCUGGACUUUGGCUUGGCUAGGACUGCAGGCACCAGCUUCAUGAUGACCCCGUACGUGGUGACGCGGUACUACAGAGCCCCAGAGGUCAUCCUGGGCAUGGGGUACAAAGAGAACGUGGAUAUAUGGUCGGUGGGGUGCAUUAUGGGAGAAAUGGUGCGUCACAAAAUUCUGUUCCCUGGCCGGGACUAUAUUGACCAAUGGAAUAAGGUGAUUGAGCAGCUGGGCACGCCUGCGCCAGAGUUUAUGAAGAAACUGCAGCCCACCGUCCGUAACUAUGUAGAGAACAGGCCCAAAUACACAGGCCUCACCUUCCCCAAGCUCUUCCCCGACUGCCUCUUCCCCGCAGACUCAGAACACAACAAACUCAAAGCCAGCCAGGCCAGAGACCUGUUGUGUAAGAUGUUGAUUAUUGAUCCAGCCAAGCGGAUACAAGUGGACGAAGCUUUACAGCACCCCUACAUCAACGUUUGGUACGACCCAGCCGAGGUGGAGGCGGCCAGGGAUCUCGUCCAAAUAUCAAUGCCGCCUCCUGCUAUCUACGACAAGCAGCUGGAUGAGAGAGAACACUCCAUCGAUGAAUGGAAAGAACUAAUCUACAAAGAGGUGAUGAACUUUGAGGAGAGGACGAGGAACGGGGUGGUGAAGGGACAACCCUCUACCUCAGGUGCAGCUGUGAACAGCAGUGGUGAGAGCCUCCCUUCCCCCUCCGUCAACGACAUCUCCUCCAUGUCCACCGACCAGACCCUGGCCUCAGACACCGACAGCAGCCUGGAGACCUCUGCAGGACCCCUGGGUUGUUGCAGGUGACUAGCAGCCUGCCUGCGCAACCCCAUGUUCUUCAGAAGGUGAAACACAAUGUCCAAAACAACCCAACCAACCUACCUACCAACCACUACCAACAGAAACCUGAAAAAGAACAAAAAUUAUUAAAAGAGAAAAAAAUUAUGAUAUGAAUGGGAUGAUUAAGGAAACAUAAAGUAAUUACUAUAAGAAUUAUGAUUCUAAAAUUUAAGCCUGCAUUUUCAUUCAAAAAUAAAUCACAAAAGUAUAACGAAAAAACUAAAAUAAACUAAAGUGAAAUAUAUUUAUUAACUUCUAGAUGCUUUACUUAUAUCUCCCCCUUAUAUGACAUCAUAUAACAUACAAAGAGCUUCGACAGGCAUCUUUCUGUAAAGUGUCAUUAAAACUGGCUGUUCAUUCCCCCAAUACCUUGCAAGCGUCUGUGCUUCAGUCAAUGUGGCAAGGUGUUCUCUUUUUGGUCAUUACUGCACAGUACUAUAUAAACCUCCGUUCACUUCCCCCACACCUUAUGUGAUGGUACUGGUAUGUUUUGAUAACCUCUAGGCUUGAACCUGGGGGUUGUCUCCUGUAUGGGUGUGACAGAUAGGUGUGUUUGAAUACUGUUAUUCCUGCAGGGGUUAGUGCUAGUGUUCCACACAGCACAGCGCCCCCUGUCUUCUGUAAAUAUGUCAUUCUGUUCAGCAGCGAGCUAGGCACACAGACGGACAGAGUGGGACUGAUGGCCAGUACUGGAAGUUCGUCUAUAGCGCACCUUGCCACAUGACAUCACCGCCUUGACCUUUGUCCCCUUAACCUUUGCCCCUUGACCUUUCACCUUAGUUUAACCCCUUGCCUGUUAGACCUGCUGCAUGAUUACAAAAGCUAACUCUAAUUAUAUGAUUAAAUGACUAUAGAUACUUUUGUUUAUAUAACAUAAGUAAUUGAACUUUUCACCCGGAGUGGUGCUGAAACCCAGGGAUGAGGGAGCUCUAUAUAAUGAUGGAUAGCUAAAUAUAUAUAUUAACAUACAGACUGUAGUGAUUGGCUGCAGGAGAAGUCAUUGGGACGUACCGUACUAUCGCUGUCAUCGCUGAGUAGGAUUGGGGUCAAUUCAGUCAAUUCAGAACGCCAACUGAAAUUUCAAUUCUAAUUCCAUAUAUUCAUCAUUGAAACGCAUUCAGGAAGAUUGGAAUUUGGAACUGAAUUUUUCAAUUGACUUCCUGAAUUGACAAUGGGACUGACCACAAACUUGUCGCUGAGCUGGAACCUUAAGUUCUCGUUUCUUUUUUGUGUUUUUUUGUUUAAAUGAAAUGAUCAAAUCCCUUCUGACUGCACGCCUGCACCACGCCUACAGGCUGUGGACCGGCCCACCCACCCACAGCCAGUCAUUCCCAAUGUCACCUACCCACCAACCAGGGUGGUCACUCACUCUGUUUCUGUGUCACUACUGUGGAGUAAAGAAGAGGAGAGAAGGAGACUUAUAUGUGUGUGUUACUAUCUGAAGAACGCUUUGGGGGGGGGAUCAAGGAGGUUACCUCA